AUUAUUUAACCAUUUAACAAUGCCUACUACUGUCAUAAAUAUGUCAUAUUUGUGACUCUUGUUACCAAAUUAACAGUCAUUAGGACAGUAAUAAACAUUGUUAAAUGAUUAAGUAAUGUCUAAACUAAGCAUAAAUUAAGACACUAGUUAAGACGUAAUUAAACUUAAACUAAACUAAACUAAAAAUGUUAGGGCUCCGAGUGGUUCAGGCGCUGCCACUGUGAUCAGUAGAUUGCUGUUUAAAAUCAUGCUGCAUCAGCAGCCGGAGUCUGAGAGAGCACAGUUGGCCAUGCUCACUCUGGAUGGAUUCAGUAGAUGACACUCUCUCCCCACAUCACUCCUAGGGUGAUGUCGAUCAGCACAUGGCAUCUGUGAGCUGAUGUAUUGAAACCGAGUCACUGCGCUUUUCUCUGAGUGCACUGUGAUGCUACUCGGCAAUGCUAUAUUCACAACAGCUUGAAAGGUGGUUGAGUGGGUGCGAUAGUCUGCAUAGCAAAUUGGGUAGAGAAGCAGGUUUAAAAAAAUAUUGGUACCACUUUAAAAUAAGACUACCUUUAUGAUUUUUAAGGCAACCUACAACCUAAUUACUAACUAUUAAUAAACUAAUUGUAAACCAUUUAUAAACCCAUUAUAAAGGUAGUCUUAUUUUAAAGUGGUACCAAAAUAUUAAAAAAAUGUAAUGCUCAAGAAUUUUGUAAAUAAUAGUAAGUACUCUUAAUAAGUGUACCUUUAUUGUAAAGCGUUACCAUUGAAAAGUGUAUAAAAAUGCAUUUCUGGGUGCAAUAACUGAUCAUAAAUUAUGAAUUAUGAAUUAUGAAGUUAUUGAGGAGUCAGCUAUGUUUUGUCUGGCACUCUGAAGAAAUGUUUAAAAAUAUAAAAUAUAAAAAAUAAGAUUACCUUACUAAUACACAUGACUAUUAGGUUUAACACAGUUACUUAAUCCUUCUUUUCUUUCUUUUCCAUUUUACAAUCAAUGAAAUCAUUAGUUGCAGCCCCAGUGUACACAUAUAGCAAAACCGAAAUAAACUAAACAUAAACUAAACUGGCACAGUCUCCCUAAAUGUUACGAGAAUAGAGUAUAAUCAUAAUGAAAGGAGUUGCCGUUGCAUAUAAUUAUGUGUGGCUGUGCCCGCUGUGCCGCCUAGCAGAGCUGGAUGGUACAGUGCGCAGUCAGUGUACGGACUCAGUCAGUUACACAAACAAGGCAGUUCAUGCAGGAAUUAACAAGAAAAUACACACACACACACACACACACACACACACACACACACACACACACACACACAUACACACAUAAACAAACACCCACAUCACAUCACUUACUGCUCUCUCUGUCAGGGUUCAUAUGCAUCCAUAAGUGGCGUAUACUAUUUUAGGAAUGAUACAGUUAUGCUAUAUCCUCCUGAGACCUGGAAAUCAUUUUGCUUCGCUGUAAUGGACACAGGCCUGGGAGUCACAGACCGGCACCAAUUAUGCAAUCUGUUUGUUAGAAUCUUGCUGUACUGUGCUCAAGAAGACAUCCUGCACUGUACAGUGAGGCCUCGUUUCAGGGGGUGUGGCCAACCAAGCACAGCCACUAUUUUUUCAAAAUAAACGGCAUCGCAGAUUACUUUUUUUUUUGCUAUAUACAGCACAGGAAAAAAAUAAGAGACUUGAAAAUGACCAUUAAACCAAGCUGAUCUGCUUGAAUUUUUGCACUAGGAGUGGCACAAAGUUAUCCAAAAGCAGUGUGUAAGACUGGUGGAGGAGAACAUACCAAGAUGCAUAAAAAAUUGUUUUCUUUGCAUUAUUUAAGGCCUGAAAGCUCUGCAUUUUUGUUAUUUCAAAAUCUACAAAUAAAUGCUCUAAAUGACAAUAUUUUUAUUUGGAAUUUGGGAGAAAUGUUGUCCGUAGAUGAUAGAAUAAAACAAUAAUGUUAAUUUUAUUCAAACAUAAACCUAUAAAUAGCAAAAUCAGAAAAAAUGAUUUAUAAACUGAAGUGGUCCAGGUAUCUGCGCCGUACAAUAGCAAUCCGCCAAAGUCAGAGUGCACCUGCCUCUUAAAUGGAAUGGCAAGUGACCUGCUGAUUAAUUUAUUUCACGGUAAGCUCAAAACACUUCCAUGAUUAAUUAAAAUAAUUACUACAUGCCUUUUGCACGUUUCGAGCUGCACAAGGUGUACUGUUCCUGUCGCUAUGAUAGCAAAGACACACUGACACACAGUGCACAGUUGACGGCUUGCCUGUUGUUUGUUAAAAUAGGGCCAAUAUUGUCCAUUUCAAUACAGACUGUGUAGUCCAAAAUCCGAUCUCCUCCGUUUCUGUCAGUGGACAAUCUCCACCUCAAGACUCCAACCCCCAGAAUGCAUCUGUCUCUAACAUGGGUCCGGACUCUACCAAUCAGCGUGUUUUGUUUCUCGUCAUCACUGGAAUUUUAAGAUUGUUUUCAGCUGUGUUUGAUUAACUUUGUGUAUUUAAGGCUGUCUAUUUCAUAUGUUUUCCGCAAAGUUUUGCCACUGUUAUCCAGCGACAUACCGAGCGUUCUUUCUCUAAUUGUAUUUUCGUGUAUGAACCGUUUUUUCUCUUUUUUGACUCAAUUUUUGUCUCGCCUUUUCUGCUUUGUUUACUUAGUGCUCCUUCGGUUUUUGAGCCUUAUAUUUUAGCUUAGGAUUACUCUUAUGUCUAGUGAUUUGGCUCUGAUCUAUUGGUUUACUGUUUCUCUGGUUUUGAUCCUUGCCUGUAUUACUACUACGCUCUCUGAUUUUGUCCCUCAUAUUAAAGCCUAAUCUUGUUUUACCGUGUGUCUCUGACUCCAGUCUGUGGCGUUACAAUAUUAGGAAGAAAUUCAGUCAGUGUUUUGUGUUUUUCAUGCCAAAUUGCUAGUUUGCAAAUGCAAAGAUCAAGAGGUGCGUUUUCUGUAAUAUUUGUCAAAUUUAUGAGUCCAUAGACUGAUUGAUACUGCUCACUUACCACCCGAUCUAAAGUCAUGCUACUUAUUUGUACAUUUGUAAACCUUAAUAUGAACCUUAAUGUGAAUCUUAGUUUUGGAAGCAUCUUUUCAAGGCAGUUGUUGUCUUCUAUGUAAGGAUAGUUUUUUAAUUCCCUGUGUUUCACUGCCGUUCUGUGUGAUUAAUAUUUGCAACUCAUCAGCAACCAAGUCCUUCCUGCAUUCUACAGUCCGCUCUCUGACAGGUGAUUAUACAUAGCAUAGAUUAUACAAGCUGGAAUUCUGAGUUUCUGAAUUACCACUUUUGUUGGUAAUAUACAUUGCGAUAUGGUCCUAAAAUAAUAUCACAAUAUUUCAUGGUGUUUUCAUGAUAAUGAUACUCUUGGCGAUAUGACAAAACACUGAAUAAAAAAAAAUUAAGAAUACACGACUGCAACAAAAUGAAAAUUAAUUUUUAUUAUUGCAUACGAUAUUAUAUGGCACACCUUUAGCUAAGAUAUUUUAAAAAAUAGAAGAAUUUUAUCAGAUUUGUAACAGAAUCAAUGAACCAGAAUGUCAUGAUACUAAUAAUACUAAUAAUGCACUCCAAAUAUCUCCAUAUAUGCAGGAUUAAAGUAAAAUAAAUGAUAGUGGACAGAUAUAAUCUGUCUCUAGUAGAUAUAUAAUGGGAAAUGAGAACAGUGUGAAUUUUUCUUUUGAUAAAAACAGUAAAAGAGUAGUACCCUGAUGUGAUAAUUAGGGGUGGGUGAUAUGGCACGAUAUUUUAGGGUAUAAUAUCAUUCACGAUAUUAAAAAAUGAUGCCGAUAUUAUUGCGUACGAUACGAUAUAGCUUACCCCUGCAUGGUAUGCAUUCAUAAAAGGUUUAUGAUGCAGAAAUGCAGUUGGUAUGAUGUGAUUAAUUAAUAUAGCAUAGGCUAAACGAUUCAGUAAGACCAGGAAAUGGCAUAAUAAACCUCAGUAUUCUCAUUUAUUAAUAUUAUUAUUAUUAUAUUCAGGAAUAUCUUAUUGAAGGAGUUCUUGAAAUGUGACUUCUCUCCAGUCUGUACUUAAUUUAUUCUCUCCAGACUUUCAGCCAGCCUUUCUUUUCAUUCUCACUCUCAGUCUUUCCUUCCCCCUCUCACACCACCUACGCUCAGACCCAAGUGUGUAAUUCUUAUUCUUAAGUGGAGAUGCAUAUGAAGAUGUUACAGUGUCAUCAUGGGGCUGAUGUUCUCUACUGUAUAGCAGCAUAAAAGCUCCAAAUAUAUAUAUUAUUUGUCAUUGCAUGUCCCGCGAUGUGAGUAUUGCGCUUGUGUACAUUGUGAUGAUGGUGCUGAAAUGGUACAUGGUGCGGCCCAAGUUGUAACUAAAUGUGGUGUAAUUUAAAUUAUGUUUCUUGAAGUAGCCUAAUCUUUACUAAUCUCAGCAUCAGUUAAUACAUUAAAUGAUCCAACAAUAAAAGAAGAAAAUGAUUGGUUAACUGUGGCUAGACCAGAUGAAAUGAUUGAACCUACUACUGUUUAACUAAGCUAGGCUCACAGGAAAUGCAGAAAUAGAAAGACUAGUUCCUCCAGCUUUAACUCAAUCCUGAUCUGCUUUAUAACAGACCCACACUGUCUUAUAUUGAGGAGGAAUCAGAUGAACGUUGGAAUCUGUGGAUCUGUGGUUUAGAUCUGUGUGUGGUUUCUGCAGCCAUGCUGAUUUUCUGGUGCGCCGGCCCUUUAAGAGCAGUCAACGAAGCGCUGAAGUCCUGUUGGUGCUGCUGCUGAUGGCCGUGCUGCGAGUUGAUUGGCUGUGGCUGUCAGAGCCGAGGUGCUGGAGGGAUGCUGCUACGCAUCUCGCUCUCCCCCUCUCUGCCUCUCUCUCUCUCUCUCUAUCUCUCUCUCUCUCUCGCUCUCUCGCUCUCUCACUCGCUCUCUCCCUCGCUCUCUUGCUCUCUCUCUCUCUCUGCCCAUCUCGCUUGCUCACAUCCCUCUGUAUAAUCCACAUCUAGGGCAAGCGGCUGAGAGGCAAUCCAGAGCUCAGCUCCUCUCUGCAGGCUGAGAAAAGAGAGAGAGAGAGAAAAAGAGAGAGAAAUCGCUUCCCAUCGCAGGAGAAGAGAGGAAGAACAGGAGGAAAGCUCGCUGGUAAAAACAAAAAAACGAGAAAUACGGAGGAAGAUUUGAUCACGGAUAUCAUUUAUAUAUAUACAAAUCGUUUAUAUAUAUAUUUGUACACACGCAUAUAGACAUCUAUAUAUACCUAUUAUAUAUACAAUAUAUAUAUAUAUAUAUACAUAUACCUGUAUAGAGCAGUGUACUUGUGCUUGUCUGUUUAUAUUAAUAUUUUUAUAUGUAUUAUUUGUGUGUGUGUAAAUAUAUACAUAUAUAAACAAAUGAAUAUAUAUAUUUAUGAAUUUAUAUGUACAUCACUGUGAACCGCGUACGGCAAGAAGAAGAAUAAGAAGAUUCUGUCAUCGGGGCUGGUCUCUGAUUGCGAGAUCGUAUAUACAGUAUUUUCUGCGUUAUUUUCCCAAAUCUUUUGCAUCGAACAGAGGAAGACUACAGUCCUUUUGUAUUACUCCACUCGUUUCCUGCCUGCUGCCUCCUCGUCUGCUUUUUUCUGGAUUGGGAGGAACAAAGAGGGGGAUAACAGGGCUCACGAAAGAGGAGAGAGGAACCGGUGACGUUUCCCGAGAUUUGCGUGCGAUUCCUGCGAUUCGUACGUUUGGCGCGGUCCGUGCGGUUCCCUGAGCCGAGCGGCACCUUGUGCUGUGUUUGAUCUGAGCAGGCGGAGGCAUCAGCAUCAGCAUCAGCUUCAGCGGCUACAGCAACAGCAGCAGCAGCAUCUUCAGCAGCGAGAGAGAGAGAGCGAGAGAGCGCCACGCCGUGUGAGCCAGCCAGCAUGCACAAACACCACCACUGCUGUAAGUGCCCAGAAUGCUAUGAGGUGACCCGCAUGGCUGCCCUGCGCAGGAUGGACGCCCCGGCGUACGGAGACUGGCAGCCGGAACCCUACGGAUACCCGGCCGGCUACGGCGGCGGCCAGACCCUGCCGCCCCAGACAUCAGGUGGGGGAGCUGGCAUGAGCGGAGGGGGCACGCUGGGGAGAAGUAAGGGGAAAAUGAUGUCGGCUGGGGGUCCUGGAGGCCCCAACCCCAAGAGCCAGUCCAAGGGUGGUCCCAAGGUGAACGGCAACAACUCGGGAGGGCAAGCCGGAUGGUGGCCGGAGUGCACCUGCUCCAAUCGGGACUGGUACGACCAGGCGAACCCUCCUCCCAUCAUUGUGAACGCAGACUCGCUGGAUGCAGGCCCUUAUGUGAAUGGCAGUGAUGGCAUGUACAAAUAUGAAGAAAUCAUUCUGGAAAGGGGGAACUCCGGCCUGGGCUUCAGUAUUGCUGGAGGGAUUGAUAAUCCACACAUUCCUGAUGAUCCAGGAAUCUUUAUCACUAAAAUCAUCCCCGGAGGAGCAGCAGCCAUGGACGGCAGACUGGGAGUGAAUGAUUGUGUGCUGCGGGUGAAUGAGGUGGAUGUGUCGGAGGUGGUGCACAGCCGGGCUGUGGAGGCUCUGAAGGAGGCGGGACCUGUGGUCCGGUUGCUGGUGCGCAGGAGACAGGCCCCCCCAGAAACCAUCCUGGAGGUCAACCUGCUGAAGGGGCCUAAAGGCCUGGGCUUCAGCAUUGCUGGAGGUAUUGGGAACCAGCACAUCCCUGGAGACAACAGCAUCUACAUCACAAAGAUCAUUGAAGGCGGAGCUGCACAGAAAGACGGGCGGCUGCAGACGGGCGAUCGUCUCCUGGCUGUGAAUAACAUCAUCCUGCAGGACGUGCGUCACGAGGAGGCCGUGGCAGCGCUGAAGAACACUUCAGACAUGGUGUAUCUGAAAGUGGCCAAGCCAGGGCCGGUGCACCUCAACGACAUGUACGCUCCUCCGGACUACUCCAGCACCUUCCCCACCAUGGUGGAUAACCACGUCAGCCACAACUCCAGCAUGGCCUACAUGGGAGGCAUGGAGCCCAAGCCCGUGUACCAGCCCCCGCAGGUCACCCCCUCGCGCUACUCCCCGGUGCCGCGCCACAUGCUGGGGGAGGACGACUUCACCAGGGUCGAGCCCAUUUACAGUGUCAUCCACAAACAUCUCGGGGAAACCAGCCCUCCCUCCCCCCACCUGUGCAGAGGGGGGUCAGGGGAUGGGGGCUGCGGCCCCGCCCCGCCUGCCCUGUGCCAAAGCCUGGUCCCAUACUCUGGCAGGGAGCCCCGGAAGGUUCUGCUCCACAAAGGCUCCACAGGACUGGGCUUCAAUAUCGUGGGCGGGGAAGAUGGAGAAGGAAUCUUUGUCUCUUUCAUCCUGGCGGGCGGGCCUGCUGACCUGAGUGGCGAGCUGAGAAGGGGAGAUCGCAUUCUGUCGGUGAAUGGUGUGAAUCUGCGCAAUGCUACUCACGAACAGGCAGCAGCUGCACUCAAGAGGGCCGGCCAGACAGUUACCAUCAUCGCCCAGUACAGACCAGAAGAGUAUAGCCGUUUCGAGUCCAAGAUCCACGACUUGCGGGAGCAGAUGAUGAACAGCAGCAUGAGCUCUGGGUCGGGCUCCCUGCGCACCAGUGAAAAGCGCUCCCUUUACGUCAGAGCUCUGUUUGACUAUGACCGGACCAGGGACAGCUGCCUGCCCAGCCAAGGCCUGAGCUUCUCUUAUGGGGACAUCCUGCAUGUCAUCAACGCCUCUGAUGACGAGUGGUGGCAGGCACGGCUGGUCACACCCCACGGAGAGAGUGAGCAGAUCGGGGUCAUUCCCAGCAAGAAAAGGGUGGAAAAGAAGGAGCGAGCCCGGUUAAAAACGGUCAAGUUCCACGCUAGGACAGGCAUGAUCGAGUCCAACAGGCCAGUCAAAGUAAAGCGCAAAAAAAGCUUCAACCUCUCACGCAAGUUCCCCUUUUACAAGAGCAAGGAGAAUAUUGUGCAGGAGUUGGUGGAGUCUGAACAGUGCUUGACGUCCAACACCAGUGACAGUGAGAGCAGCUCCAAAGGACAAGAAGAUACAAUCUUAUCAUAUGAGCCAGUGAUCCGACAGGAAAUCCACUACACAAGGCCUGUUAUCAUCUUGGGCCCAAUGAAGGACAGGGUAAACGAUGACUUGAUUUCAGAGUUUCCUCACAAGUUUGGAUCUUGUGUUCCACAUACAACUCGUCCACGAAGAGAAAAUGAAAUGGAUGGGCAGGAUUACCACUUUGUGGCCUCGAGAGAACAGAUGGAAAAAGAUAUUCAGGACAACAAGUUUAUUGAAGCAGGCCAGUUCAACGAGAAUCUAUACGGGACCAGCAUUCUUUCUGUCCGAGCGGUGGCUGAGCGGGGUAAACACUGCAUCUUGGAUGUGUCUGGGAACGCCAUAAAGCGGCUCCAACAAGCACAACUUUACCCGAUAUCCAUUUUCAUCAAGCCAAAAUCCAUUGAAGCCCUAAUGGAAAUGAAUAAGAGGCAGACAUAUGAGCAAGCCAAUAAAGUGUUUGAUAAGGCAAUGAAGCUUGAACAGGAAUUUGGAGAAUUUUUCACAGCCAUAGUCCAGGGUGACUCACUAGAAGAGAUCUACAAUAAAAUCAAACUGAUCAUUGAGGAGCAGUCAGGCCCGUACAUCUGGAUCCCAUCCUCAGAAAAACUCUGAGCUUGCAGCCACCACUCCUCUGCACGUGUGCGGAGUCCUAUCCCAACCCCAGCCCUGCUCCAUCCCAAGUCCUCUCCUUCCCUUUUUACUGAUAUGUUUCAUAUCAAGUUUUAGUGUCAUCAUUAUGUUACUCUCAAAUGAAAAGAAGUCUUAUCACCAUUACUGUGACUGUGCACACCCUUGCAUGAGUUUCUCAGCAAAUCCAUUCAAGACUGGAAAUGCCGUUCCAAAUGAAUUUUUUGUCAUGUUAAACAAAAAGGGAAAACGAAUGAAUCCUUUGUGUGUUUGGGUGGACUUGGGAGGAGAACGCCUCAAGACGAAAGAGUGGGGUCUGGGAUUUUGAGAAUUCGUUGGACAUGGAGGCUGGAAAGCUGGAACCCUGUAUAUGUUCCUUGUUACAUUAUAAAGAAACGGAUACAAGAUACUGAGCGAAGACCAAGGUUUUCUACAAGGACUAAACACAGAUCAAACCUGUUGAAGGUACUGUUCAUAGAGUCAUUGAUCAUGUUUAUAGAAAUUUAGUGGAAACACUUGGAAAACUGGUGAUCUUCAGUAAUCACAAGGCAGUUUGCUACCUAAUCGACUGCCGCUGCCAGCGUGCGUGGCGUAGUUGGUAGAGGAUGCCAUGGAAGGCAGAACAAAUGGAAAAUGGAGUAUGAAUCUAUACAUUUAUAUUACUGAAAUCACAUGGUAAAUAAAAAUCCUAUGGAGCGAUUUUACUACAUAAUAUUAAAUACUACGGUACACAUUUUACACACUAGAAUUGUCUACUUGGAGGGCUGUUAGUUUCAUUUUACUUGUCUUUGUUUUGUUUCUUUUUUUUUUUUUUUAUAGUUCUCUCUGUGGUUUUUAGCUGCUCUGUAUUAAAAUAUGGGGGUAGAGGGGUGUAACUGGGCUCUCUGCAAAACACCAAACUGCCUUACAAUUAAUAAAAAUUAUGUAGAAUUUCAGUCAUUUUGGGGGGAACCUACAAAUUACUCAACAGAUCAGUGCUUAAUGGAAGACUUAAACAGUUCACUGUUCUUUGAGUUUCCUGCUACUAUUGGAGGCCUAACUUGAGUGCAAUAGACAUAAGUGUCUUACCUCUUUGAAUACCUUUUUUUUUUCCUCAUUACUUUUGUCUUAAGUGACUGAUUUCUGAAUUCCAAUUUUGGCAGCCAAGGCUCCCCUGAUGAUGUUGAGCAGCAGACAGCCCAUUUGCACUUUCUCUGCCUUCCAAGACUCUUUUCUUCGAACUGAACGGCAACAUGGUACUGUCCUGUAAGCUGCCUGGAGAGGCAGCCUUAAAACGGGUAGAAUCAAGACAAUAAUUGUAUUGGAUGUUCUUCUAAAUAUUAAAGAGUCGAUAGAGCCUGAAUAGGCAUAAUUUC